UGCUUAAAAUUCCAAAUGUUUGUGAGUGCUUUUUGUGUAAGCAACAUGAUUUCAAAGUCAGUGCAUGUGUCUAAGAUAAAUUGAUCCACUGGAGUAAUUGAAGAGAAAGUAUAGCUCAAUAUUUUGACAAGUUAGAUGGCAAGUGCCCUGAGAAAAGUUCUGGUGCUGGGAUCUGGCUUCACUGCUGGCCCUUUGGUGGAGUAUUUAACCAGAGAUGGAAAAGUUGCAGUAACAGUUGCAUCCAACGUUAUUGAACAAGCUCAGCGGUUGGCAGAAAAAUUUAAAAACACAAGUGCAGUGGAAUUGGAUGUUUAUUCUGAGUCAAAUCUAAGUAUGCUGGUGGGCAGCCAUGAACUUGUGGUUAGCAAUGUGCUCCAUACUCAACACACACUUGCGGCAAAACAGUGCAUUAAACAUAGGAAAAGUCUUGUCACAUCAAGUUAUGUCACAUCAGAACUGCAGGAGUUUCAUAAACCUGCCAUGGACGCUGGUAUAACUCUGAUGAAUGAAGUCGGUGUUGAUCCUGGAAUAGACCACAUGUUGGCAAUGGAGUGUUUUGAUGAGGUUCACAGCAACGGUGGAAAGGUAGUUUCGUUUGAGUCUUGGUGCGGAGGGUUACCUCAUCCAGAUUAUGCUAACAAUCCUUUGAGAUACAAGUUCAGCUGGAGUCCCAAGGGAGUUUUGCUAGCGGCUCUUAACCAGGGCAAGUACAAAAGAGACAACCAAAUAUUUGAGACAGCUCCGGGACAAUUAAUGGCUCCAGAAAAUCUGCAGUCAUUCUCCCACCUUCACCCGAAAAUGGACUUCGAUGGCUACUUCAACAGGAACUCACUCAAUUAUAUUGACAUAUAUGGUAUUCCCGAGGCACAGACAGUCAUUAGGGGAACACUGAGAUACAAGGGAACAUGCAAGAUUUUUCAAGGAUUAAACAAGAUGGGGUUGUUGAGUACGAAAGAACAUCAGAGAUUUGGGAAGGGUGCUACUUCACUAGUGAAAUGGAGAGACCUUCUGGCCAUGCUGGUCUCAAAAGAAGACAUAAAAAAACAUUUCGACAUUCGCUCUAGUGUGUACCAGGCUGUCAGCAAGGAUGACCAUCUUUUUAAGUCCAUUGAAGAAUUGAGGUUACUCUCCGACGACCCGGUUCAACUGAUUGGCAGUCCACUGGAUACUUUAUGUGCAUAUUUGGAGAGGUUGCUCGCCUAUGAACCAGGAGAGAGGGAUGCCAUAUUUCUUCACCAUUUUAUCGGCAUAGAAUGGCCAGACAAACAGAUUGAAACAAGGCACAUAGACUUGACUAUGUAUGGAGAGUCAAAUGGAGACAGUGCGAUGGCACAAACUGUAGGAAAGCCUACUGCUAUAGCUGCCAAAAUGAUUUUGACUGGAGAGAUUAAGAAGUAUGGUAUUGUGAUACCUACUGCUGCUGAUAUAUACAAACCAAUGCUAAAAGCACUGAAACAAGAGGGCAUUGAACCUGUUGUAUCGAAGUCAAUAGCUUAUAAUCAAUGUCUGAACUGUAGAUACUGAAGAGAUAAUUGUUAUCGUAUUAUAAUAGACAAAAUUUUUAGUUCCUUAGUCCCUAGCAGUGUUGAGGGAGUGAUUUCUGUACAUCCCAAACUUCCCAAGCCCCUACAUAAUUAAUAGAGAAUCAUCAAAAUUUGGCUAUACGCAAGAAGUGUGGCCUUACCCCA